CAUGGAUUCAAAGUCCAAAUUUACGAAUAUCUAUUACGGAACUAAGCAAUAAACUUGAAGAAUUAGCUGAUAAAUACCCAAUUCCUCUUAAUGCACCAUUACUUUUAGAUGAUAAAGAAUUAGAUUUAGAUGGAAAGAAAAAUCAAACUUCUGCAGAAUCUUUGUUCCCAGAAUUUGAUGAUCCUGAUAUUAUUGAUGAAUAUGAUAUCAUAGUGUCUAUUGAAGAUGGAAUAAAGAUGCAUCGUAAUGGCGACCAUCAAGGUGCUUGGAAAAGUUUCGAACAAAAUUCUGUUCUUCCAUUAGCAAAAUUCUGGCAAGGAUAUUAUUACUCCAACGGACAUGUUGUAGCGAAGAAUGUAGGUAAGGCAAGGCAACUUUUUAAAGAAGCUGCUGACGAUAAUCAUCCUGAAUCACAAUAUCGAUAUGCA